AUGAAGGCCUUCACCACACUCACUACUCUUCUCCUCGCGGCCUCUACGGCAUCUGGGAGCCCCGUUCCGCUUCCCGGAAUGGAAGGCGCGAUCGAGCAGCUCAGGGCAGCGGGACACUCUGAGCGCCACAUCGAGGCAGUCCUCGCCGUCCGCCAUCCCUGCCCCUCAUACCAAGCUCCGCAUACAAAUCAUGCAGAAGAGCGCGACAUGUCGCCGUCGGUGAUGGGAUCGGUUCUGAAGAAGAGGAGCAUGGAUCCGGCUAAGGAGAAGUCGAUCAUGGACUAUAUUCAGAGCAUGAUGAGUGGGAAGGCGCUGGGGAAGAGGGAUGUUGCUGAGGCGGAUGUGGCUCUUGUGAGACCCAAGUCUUUUCGGGCGAAGAGGGCGCGGUAG